AUGGGAUGUGAGGAAGUGAUUGGGUAUCCGUUGGUGAUUGAAGAUUUUCAUUAUGAACUCACUCGCCAAAACGCUAUUGGCAGAAAACUAGCUUCCAUCAAACGAGUGAAUAAUGGAAUAAUUAUCCGGAAGAACUAUUUUACUCAAUUUUCUGUCAUGAGAUCCCUCCAAUAUUUGGCUGCUAGCCCUUCUGAUGGCCCACUUCUGAAAUUUGAGAAUAAUCCGUUUUUGAGAUCUUUCGAGUUUGCAGACUUGAGAAUUAUCAAUGGGACUAUGCCGCUAGUCAGCUUUUGGAACGACAACUUUCCGAUUCAAAUGAGAAAAAAUAGUACGGCAUUUCAAAACUUCCGAGAUUUCCUCGACACCGCUGGCCACCACAUCGAUCCAUGUAGCCCGGACUAUUUUGAUCUUCGUAUCGGGGAAGAGAAAGUCCCUUCCAACCACUGGCACCUUGUUAUCGCUGGCUCCCUUGGUGCUCUCGCCCUCGUUAUUAUAAUCGAUACGAUGUGGUACGCCGGGUUUCAGCGAUGGUGGGAGGAUAGGCUAUUCGAGUUGGAGCUGGAAAAAGAGACUGAAGAAUAUCGAGAAUCGAUUCAAAAAUGGGAAAUGAGAGAGUUUCAGAGGAAGGUGAAGGAGCAAGUUAAGGAGCAGGAAAAUGAAGUGAUGAGGCAAGAGUAUUCAAGGGAAAUGGCCGGGAAGGAGGCACCCAAUAUUAAAAUGUAUGGAAAAGAGAUAUGGAAUGACAUUUUGGAUAUGGGAGCUUGA